AAAAAAAAAAAAAAAAAAGCUCAAAAAUCCCUGCUUCAAUGUCCUUCACCGAAUGGCCGCCGACGGAGGUCCUCAUCCCUUCCCUCCCAAACGACGUUGCACUCAACAUUUUGGCACGCGUCCCAAGACAGUUCCACCCCGUCCUCUCGGCGGUGUCGAAGCCCAUCAGGUCCGCCGUCUCCUCCCCACAUUUCUUCACCCUCCGAUCACUCCUCAACGUCACCGAGACCCUCCUCUACCUCAAAGUCCGAGCCUUCCGCGGAAUCUAUGAAUACGACCACUGGUUCGCCGUUCACCGAAACCCUAACCCAACCAACAACAAUCUCCUCAAAUUCGCCCCAGUCCCAAGGAUCCCCAUUGAGAACGAACUGAGGUUUUCUGCCUACGUCGCUGUGGGACCAAAGGUCUACGUAAUCGGCGGAGAAUAUCUGAUCAACUCUGAGAGGGACCGCGAGCCUUCCUCCGACGUGUGGAUCCUUGACUGCCGUUCCCACACGUGGGAGCGCGGCCCGAGCAUGCGGUCGCCGCGCAACUUCCCCUCCGCGGCGGUCGUGGAUGGGAAAAUCUACGCGGUUGGGGGUAGUAGCCGGUCGAGAUUAUGGGCUGAAGUGCUCGAUCCGGCGGUAGGACGCUGGGAGUACAUUCCCUGCCCGCUUGACGGCACUUAUCCAGAGGUUUUCAAGUUCAAAUUGGUUGAUGGAAAUAUCAGCAUCUGGUUAACCUCGAGCUUUGCGUCGGACCCAAAGGGGUUUAGGUUGGAUACAACGACUAAGACGUGGGAAGUUUUUGAAACUGAGUUUUCAUCUAAUACGAAUAUUUGUGUGGUGGAUGGCGUGUCGUAUACCUCUUUCGGUAAUAAUGUAGGGAAGAUUGAAAGAUUUGAUGAGAGAAUUGGGGUGUGGAAAGAGCUCAAGGGUGUUGAGGAAGGGAAGCCCGAGUACGUGUAUGGUGAUGUGCAAACACUUAUCAAUCUGGAUGGAAGAUUGGUUGUGGUUUUUGCAGAGAUGAGAUUUGAGGACACAACUGAUCUGAAAAUGGGAAUGGGAAAAGCCGGGUUAUGGUGUGCCGAAAUCGAUGUGACGGAGAACGGAGAUGGGGAUUGGUGGGGACGAGUUCAUUGGUCGGAGAAGGUCCUUUUGCUUCCGGAAGUGACUUGGGAAACUCCGGACGUGUUUGCGUUUUUCUAUAUAUCGGAGCGUUUGUUAGUUUCUUUAUGAGGACUGGUAAAGCAGUCGAUUCUUGCGUUUAGUAUACGUUCCUGCUAAUUUAUGAGAUAUUUGCAUAGGAAACUGUUGAGGCUUGUGCCCCAAGUCAGAUGGUAAAACAUCAUAUAAUGAUAAAAGCAAUUUUCUAAUU